UGCUGAGCAGCAUUCACCACUGCUUCACCGUGGGAACUAUGUCGCAAAGGUGAGAGGGACAAAACACUGGACAUUAAAUCGGAAACAGAUUAGAAAAGUACCAACAGCACUUUAUUUUGUGAAUUUCGACGUGUUUAUCUAAAUGACAACGAAGUACCACGGAAAAAAACACACUUUGACGGCACCAUGGAGAGCAAAGGCAGCCGCUGUAAGAUCGUGGUGGUCGGCGAUACGCAGUGUGGCAAAACUGCACUACUCCAUGUAUUUGCCAAAGACUCUUACCCAGAGAAUUAUGUUCCCACGGUCUUCGAAAACUACACGGCCAGUUUCGAAAUCGACAAACAGAGGAUUGAGCUAAACAUGUGGGACACGUCAGGUUCUUCCUACUACGACAACGUUCGACCGCUAGCCUACCCGGAUGCAGACGCCGUCCUCAUCUGCUUCGACAUCAGCCGACCAGAGACACUCAACAGUGUACUGAAGAAGUGGCAGGGAGAGACCCAGGAGUUCUGUCCCAAUGCCAAGGUGGUUCUGGUGGGCUGCAAGCUGGACAUGAGGACGGACCUCAACGUGCUGAGAGAACUGUCCAAACUCAGACUCAUCCCUGUCACUCACGAGCAGGGCACCGGUCUGGCCAGGCAGAUAGGGGCUGUGGCCUACACAGAGUGCACCUCCAAGUACUCUGAGAACAGUGUCCGGGACGUGUUCCACGUCACCACGCUGGCGUCCGUGGCGCGCGUCCAUCGGCCUGUGUCACAGCUCAAACGCACCGGCUCACGGCGGGGCCUCAAGCGGGUAUCCCAGCAGCCUCCACGGACUGAGAUCCUGGAGCAAACCCCCGCCAUCAGAAAGGAUCGAGCCAAGAGCUGUACGCUCAUGUAGGGACGGACUGUACCAACUGACCCAGACGGUGUACAAAACGGACAUGUAUAUGACACGCAGAAUUUUAUUUAUAGGUUUUUGUUUGUUUCUUUUGCACUGCAAAAAAAGACAAUGAAGACAACAAGGAUUGCAAUGCUGAAGAGUGAGAGGACUCGGUUCAUCAUCGACAAAUGUUUCCUCUUUUCCCCUUGUAUAACUGUUUCUCUGUACGUGUCUGGGUCGGAUCCUUGCCACAUCAUGGCCACAUUUUCUAACAACCACACACAUAAGAGCAAAAUGAAAGAGAAACAAACCCCAACGAGAGAUACUACUGUAGCUAAUUCAAGAGAAAACAAGGCAAAAAGGAAUGUGAGGGGAGGAGGAGGAGGAGAGUUCUAAUGAGAUUGAUAAGGGAGCCCUUUCCAUUAAGUUGUUUCCUGUCUUCAAAUGCCAUUUUCUGUGUCAGUGUUCAUUUACAAGCACAAAAUGAUGCACGCAAAGUGUUAAUAUUUAAAUGUCAGGGAAUGCUGUUAUCGUCCCAUUCAAUCUAUUGAAAUAAAAACUGGAUGGUUAGAAGCCCAGAGACACAGAAUUACAGGGCUGAUGACACUAAAAACCACAAGUGCUUUCAGAGGAAAAUAAGAACAAAAAAAUAAGACUUUAAUUAUCACUCACCACUAAAUAUUGAUGUGUUUAAAUAAUUGUACAAAGUAAAUAAUAAUGUUUGCGAGACAUUGCAAUGUCGGGAUACAGGGGGCUGUUUAGCAAUGUCUUGUUUGUUUGAUCCAGAAAUAAAAAACACACCUGCUCUGCUA